AUGUUGUUAUAUGGUAAUAAUACUAUUUCUUACCUUCUCCUACUCAUAGUCAUAGUCUUUGCUUUGAAUGUAAAGGCAGAGAGAUAUAGGCCUUAUGACUACUACAAAGUUAGCAUUCGAUGGCCAAAAUCUUAUUGCCUCUCUGAAGAUGUUGUCGGAAGAGGGUAUGAGUGUGAGGAGCCGAUCUUAGCAAACUUCACCGUUCAUGGUGUGUGGCCAAUGUAUUCGCAUGAAAUUAUCGUCCGUCCCUAUCGUGACGAUCCUAGAUGCACCGAAACCAGACCAAUGCCACCAGAGAGUAUUACGUAUGAUCUAUUAGGUGAAAUGUUGGAUGACAUGAAGAAAUAUUGGCCAAAUGUUGUGACUCGAACACAAGAAUAUAAUGAAAAUUUUUGGCAAUAUCAAUUUGAGAAUCAUGGAAUGUGUUUCGAGAAUCCAGAUAAACCAAAGCAUUAUUUUCGAUCAGGCUUGAAAGUCCUAAAGCAAUAUGACUUUCUAGAGAUACUCAGAAGAAGUAAGAAACCAUAUCCUCACAAACAGGUGCGUCCAAGAGAUUUGCGAUUCAAUGCCGUACAGUACAAACAAAUUGUUAAAGGUGGUCUGGGCGGCGUAGAGCCUCAAAUUCUCUGCAACACAGAUAGUAAUGGAACUUUACAGUUUGGUGAAAUCCGGGUAUGUUUCGACAAAUAUAAUGAAAUGAUGGAUUGCCCAUACAGUUUUCAGGGAUGUGGGGAUUGGCGAAAUGCAAAGUUGAACUUUCCUAGACCCUAA